AUGAGCACUCUACGCGGAGGAGGAAAUCUAAGAUUGUGGGGGUUUCGCAAAGAAGAUGUGAAAGUCCCCCAAGCGUAUUCACUGAGCGGGGAAGCAUCGACCGCCCUGUACCUCGUCUCUCAGCCACUGCCCAACAAUAUCUCGAGCAUUCAGUUCGAAAUCAUCAGUCGUGACCAGGGAUAUGGAAAUCCCAAGAAUGGAUUAUGGUCUUGGUUUGAAGUGUCCAUUCUGGGAUCGUUGUCGGAGCAAACAGUCGCUGAGUUCCACAACCUGUCGGAGCUGGCCCAUAUUAGACCGACUCCAGAGGAAUUUGGAGACUUGAUCCAAGAUCAAGGACUAUAUUUCAAGGACAUUCCUACACAUCUCACUCGUUCCGACUCUGAAAUUAGCAUGACAAUCAUCGACAAUGCUAUUCGACCGGAUUGGCAGCAUCAUACCCUGACCUGGAAACGGGGCGGUGACGAUGAAACCGUGGAAGAGUUUCUCGAUCUCUUCGAGGAGGGAGAUCGACUGGCAAUUUGGGCGAGGGCAAAGGUAUUUAUUCCGUUCAAGCCGGAUGAAUCUAUUCGACGAGAUGCUAAAGAGUCGUCAGUACCCUGGGUGGAUCAACAUUGUCCAAGAGGCUCGAAUAAUGAUAUCAACUUGGGCAAAUGUGAGCGAGAAUAUGAUGUGCCGGCAGCCCUUGAGCUCCUUCAAGGCUGGCUUGCUGCUGGCCGCUCCUCAUCAGUGACUACAGAGGCCGAGCCCACAUCUCCAACUCGAAAUCAUGCAGUAAGAGAAGGCGUCGUUGGAGACGGCUACAGGCUUCCAUUAUUCAACCUACCUGAAUCAGAUAACUCCAAGUGGCUUCCUAUGCUGGAGUGGACACUGUCUGAAUUGCCCAACGACCAUCAUCUCCAACCUCAGGUUCUUUAUGUCAUCGGGCUAAUAUACUUGACUGACUGCGCCGAGGGCUCCACUCAGCAAAACUUGGAGAAAGCGCUCACAUACCUCCAACAGGCUGCUCUUAUUGAGCCUGGAAAUCCUGAAUACCGAGUUAAUCUUGCUUUGGCAUUGGCUAUGCGAUCUUCUAGAACCGAUAGUAUUGCAGAUGCCGAUCUCGCAAUCAUCGAGCUUGAAACAGCAAUAGGAAGCACUAAUGAGUGGCCGGGGCGGGUUAAAGCAUUGAACAUCCUUGCCGGCGUUUACUCGUGGCGCCAUUUCCACACAGGGAGUGCAGAUGACCGUCAGAAAUCCUCAGAGAUAAUGGGCCAGCUGCAUGAUUCGACGCCAGAAUCCCCCAAUAAAGCCGUAAUAUCUGGCCGGGAGAGCCAAUUCAAAACUUUUGGUAUUGAAGAAUUGGCCAUUGGGGCACGAUUUGACACGGCAAUUGGAACCACAGAGCAUGCUCUCAGUAGUGUGCCUAGUGACGGGCAUACAUAUGAGAAGCUCCUGGAAACUCUUUCCCGGCAGUACGCUCAUCGAUACGAUCAAACAGGCCACAGUAGGGAUCUGGACCUUGCAAUCUCCAGGGCUGAGUUGUGCCACUCCCGCAUACUCGAGAACGGUCCAUCGAUCCUGGGCGCAGCGUUCGGGAUGGAGCUAGCUUGUCGCCUGUUAUUGAGAUGGUCUCGUCAUAGGUGUUAUUCUGAUAUAAAUACAGCAUUUGACCUGAUGAGCAAGGCGGCAGAUGCUGCUAUGCCAGGCAGCUCAUUUCAGUUAUCCUGCCUCGUGCAACGAGCUGCGUGGCUACCUACACGGCCAGAUGGGGCGGACCAGGUACGCGUCCUACGAGACUCAAUCGAAGAGAUUGAAAGCAUACGGACUCAACACAACGAUCGCAUAGGUCCUGGUUUUAAAAGAGGAAUUUUUAAGAUACUGAGCGCACAAUAUUCAAGGCUCUAUGAUUGUACCAAGGAGCUGACUGAUCUUGACAAGGCGAUCGAGUCAAUGGAGAGCUCGUUGGACCUCGCCGAAGAGACUAGCCAGGAGAAGUACUCUAAUCUUGGCUUUUUGGGAAAUUUGUGGAUCAAAAAGGCUUCUCUCACACGAGAUAAAGCCGCUCACAGGCGUGGGAUCCAAUUCCUCGGGCAAUGCUGCUUAUCUGACCAAGCCUUGCCCAGCCAGCGUGUUCGAGCCGCCAACGUCCUUGUACACAGCGCGAACCAUGCGGGGAACUGGGAUCAGAGCUGUCUAAUCGCAGAGUCCACCUUCCCACUGAUGUCGCUAAUCAGCAGCCGGGACCUCAGACAUGAUGACAAGAUUCACAAUCUCCGAAGCAUCUCCGGCCUUGCCAGCGGUGCGUGCGCUGCAUUUCUUAGCCUGGGCUAUCCUAGCGACGCACUUGAAAAAGUCGAGCUGGGCCGGGGCCUACUGAUUGGAGAUCUAAUAGACAUCAAAAACAAUCUAUCAGACCUAACGCGGGAGCACCCUGAUCUGGCCCAGGAGUAUGACAGGCUUCGUGAUGAAGCUUUGGGCUCGAUCGAGUCCAAUGACGGGGAGUGUGGGGAACAACAUCUAAUGAACUCCCGUCGAGCUAUAUUUCAGCGAAUGCAGCAUUGCGAGAAUAGAAUCCGAGAGAAAGCAGGCUUUGAGUCCUUUCUUCGGCCCCUGAGAGCCCCAGAGAUGGCUGAAAUCUCCCGUGAGGGACCGAUUAUCAUUGUGAACGCAACUUGUGUCACUGCACAUGCAUUAAUCCUCACCCCAUCAAAGAUAGGCAAUAUAAAGUUGGAAAACAUGAGUAGCCACGCUAUCCCACAAUUUCGUCAGCAACUGGCGCGGUGCGCCUUGGAGCCAGGCACAAGAGAUCUAGAGAGUGACUUGCCGCCCGAGGCGAACGACGAAGAAUUGCUGUCUUGGCUGUGGUAUACCUGCGUCAAGCCAAUUCUCGAGAGCCUUUCUUCAAGGGGAGAUAUCUCCAUAUCUGGGGAGAAGAGUCGAGUCUGGUGGAUGGGAGUGGGAGCUGCGACCGGGCUUCCGUUUCAUGCCGCCGGCGAUUACAGUAAUGGAGCCAUCGACGAGAACGAAAACUGCCUUGAUCGUGUGAUUUCUUCCUACACACCGACGAUCAAGGUCCUUCGAAACGCCCGGGAAAGGGCAGCAAGGACGAUCUGCCAGCCAAGAGAGAAACACUCGCUCCUGGUCGCAACAAUGCCUGAUACCCCGGGCUAUGGGGCCUUACCCGGGGUCCGUCACGAAGCCCAAACCAUCCUCAGCACAGUUAAGCAGGACAUGAAUGUAAAAGAACUCAACAGUCCCUCUACCGAUGAUGUCCUCGCUCAACUGCAAAAUUACGAGCUCGUGCAUUUCGCUUGCCAUGGGUACUCCGAUCCUGGCGACCCUGAUCAUAGUCAUCUCCUCCUGCAGAAAGACAGCGACUCAGGCCCUGUGGUAGACAAACUCACAGUGAAAAAGCUUCUUGACUCCCAAUCUAUGUCCGGUGCAUGGAUUGCGUAUCUUUCAGCGUGCUCUACAGCUGAAAUUCGUGAUACGUGCCUGCAGGAAGAAGCGCUCCACAUCACCAGCGGCUUCUUAAUUGCGGGCUUCUCGCAUGUCAUUGGCUCUUUAUGGCCGGCUGACGACGAUGUGUGCGUCGAUAUGGCAGCCUUUUUCUACGAGGCAUUGAUUACGAGGCGUAUUACUGCUACUGAUCAGAACCGUGCGGUUGCGGAAGCGGUUCAUGACGCAACGCUUAGGAUUCGAAGACGGUAUCUUCACAGUCCGCUAUCCUGGGCAUUGUAUACCCACAUGGGAGCUUGA